UGAAAGUCGAAAGUGAGUAUUUAGGCAAAAAAUUUAAGUUAUUUUGAAGAAAAUAAUCAUUCUCAAUUAUUUUGUUCAAAUUUAUUCGAGAAAUCCACAGGCUGCAAUCCAAAAUAGCCAUGUCACCUGUAAAUUUUCUUCUUCCCUUGUUAGUAUGUUCUCUGGUCCCCAUUUCUUCUCUAAAGAAAAUGGCACCAAAAGUUGAAAGAGUUCUUGAAAAUUUUAUUGUCGGGGAAGCACCGCAUUGGGACGUAGCAACACAAAACCUAUAUUUCAUAGAUUGUCCUGGAAAAAGUAUUAAUCGGUAUGAUCCUGUAACUAAAAGUCACCACCAAGCCGUCACAGAUGGCAAUCGCGUUGCAUUUUUCAUACCAGUAGAGGGAAAACAGAACGAUUAUAUAAUCGGCAUAGAUAAUGAACUUGUUCACAUUGUUUGGGAUGGAACAAGCAAUAAAAUAGAAAAGUGGGAAAAACUAGUAGAAGUUCCGGACAAGCAAGUCCAAUUCAAUGACGGCAAAGCUGACCCCGCUGGUAGACUAUGGACAGGAACCAUGGCCGUAAUAACUCCAAGCGGGGAUGUCCCGCCAAACAAAGGGGCAUUUUAUUCUUUAGAAAACGGCCAACUUAAACAACAUAUAGGUGAAGUGCAUAUUUCUAACGGAUUAGCGUGGAAUUCCGAUCUAAAAAAAAUGUACUACAUCGAUUCUGGUAGACGAACUGUCGAUGAAUUUGAUUAUGACCAAGAAAAUGGCACAAUCAGCAAUCGCAAACCAAUAUUCACAUUGGAAAAACAUAACAUUCCGGGGAUACCAGACGGUAUGACCAUUGACUCCGACGGAAAUUUGUGGGUUGCCGUUUUCCUCGGUUCAAGAGUUAUAAAGAUUGACCCAAGAAAACCUGAAACCUUACUAGAUACUGUCACGUUACCCGCUUUACAAGUAACGUCUGCAGCAUUCGGUGGUCCAAAUCUUGAUGAACUUUAUGUUACUACUGGUCGUGACACAAGAAUGAGUAAACAUCUGCAGCCUCCUGUAGAUGGAGCUUUAUAUCGCGUUACGAACACUGGAUCAAAGGGAUUACCAUCAAACAAAGUUAAAAUUUCUGUAUAGUAAGCAAAACUAAUGACACAACUCAUUAGAAACAAUAAAGACUUGGGAAUCAGUACCUCCCGUCACCCUUGUUGAGAACCUCUCUAAACUACGAUAUCAAUCUACAAUGAUAUAAAUAACCGAUUUUUAGAUAAA